AUGUUGAUGAAAAAUUUUUUUGUUAUUUUCGCUUUGCUCCUUCUUGCUCUAGCAGACCUAGGUUCCUCAGCACCACAAAAAAGAGGCCCAGCAUCACCAGCAUCACCAUUUGAUAUCGCCACACUAGCAACCGGUGUGAAUCCAAAAGACCCUUUUGCUGGUGUUUCAAAAGAUUGUGUAGCUGCAAUCAACACGGUUAUCCAAUCAGGCCUUAUGACUUGUUUACCAAUGGAUGCAAUACUUAAAUUAAUGGGACAACCAGAUUUACUUGCCGAACUUCAAAAAGAUCCACUUCAUGCUCUUCCUAAACUUAAACCAACCUUUGAUGAUGCCUGCUCAGUAACGAAAUGCAAAGAUGCUGAUGUUCAAAAUGCUACAGCAACAGUAUUAGGUGGAUGUGCAAUUGACUUAGCUGCCAAAGUACCAAUUGUCGAGCUUAUAUUCGCAGGGCUUGCUAUUUACACACCAGCAAUAGAUAUUAUUUGCUUCAAAGAUCAUGCAGCCGAUUACUGUCUCUUCGAAACAGAUGCCAUUCUCCUCUCAUUACCACCACCACCACCAGGACUCGUAAUUCCAGGUUUAGAGAAAGCUCCUCCUCUUCUUGCAUCAGUUGCGAUUACAGCACCAAGUAAUGUAUGCACACCAUGUAACAAGGCUAUUAUCAACACUUUCUUUGAUUACUAUAAAAAGACACCAGUAUUUGCGCAAGUAUUGGCAUCUGUUGGUUAUGAUGACAAGACAAAUAGUUUUGUUAAUCUUGCAGUUGAUGUGAAAUGUGGACUUAUUCCAUUCAAUGAUGGCAACGUAGGUGAUCCAUCAAAAGGUCCAGAUCCACCAAUCCCUCAUUAA